AUGCAGCAACGACUCGCCAUCCUGACGGGCAUGGCGCGGGGGCUGGAGUAUCUGCACGGCUUCAGCAUCGUGCAUCGCGACAUCAAGCCCGCCAACGUGGUGCUGGACGCGCGCAUGCACGCCAAGCUCGCUGACUUUGGGCUGGUGCGACUUGGGGAAGGUACAUCUGUGGCCGCUACCCGAGUCAUGGGCACGCCGGGCUAUGUGGACCCCGCUUACUACCGCUCCCACAAGGCCACUCCCAAGGCCGACGUGCACAGCUUUGGAGUGGUGAUGGUGGCGGUGAUCACGGCUCGCAAGGCCAUCUACAACAUCGAGUCAAACCAAGCAGCAGCCCUAGUGGCAGCAGGGGACGUGGCGGCCCUCAAAGACCCACACCUGCAAGCACCGGACGACCUGGUGCUGCGCAUGGCACGCCUGGCGCUCACCUGCACCGCCAUGCCCACGGCGUCUCGCCCGGGCAUGAGCCGUGUGCUGGCAGAGCUGCUGCUGCUCAAGGAGGAGUUCUUCGGGGAGGACAAGGACCGCAUGGCUGUUAGGAUUGACCACGAGAUCGAGAGCUCCGAGCAGGUCGACUUCAGCUUGGAGCUGGCUCGUAUUGAAGGCAAUCAACAUGGUAGUUAG